AUGGCCAUCGACAACACGUUAUACUCCGAGGAUGAUGGCGGCUCUCGUCGUACCAGCCUCAGCACAACCAGGAAUCGUUAUCUACCUCUAUACAGGCAGGAAAACGAUGACCACGGCCACCAUCGGAGUAACAGCAUCCGAAGCGUCAAUUAUGGCAACGGUACCUCAACCCGGUGGAAUGGUUCUCGCCAAGCCGGCUCAGGCGAGUCAAAUUUGAACUGGAGAGAACGGUCUAGAGCUCCGGAUCUUGAUCCCAGUAAUAUUGCUGGACAGAUCAUGGUUUUACCACCGAUGCCGAAACUUGACCUUCUUAAAGUAGGGGGAUCAGACGGGCGUCGUCUGGACGAUGAUGGUUACGAGCAUCCGGUGCUUAUUCUGACCAAUCCGGACCAUGAAGGUUACAUGACCUCUUUCAAGUGCACAACUCUUGCAAAGAAGUUUCCAGGCGACAGAGACAAGCCCAACAAGUACACAGGUUCUUAUAUGCAGAUUGCUGACGAUCAACCACCCGAUCCUGAUGCUCCAAUCGUACUUCAUCUAUACAAUGAACACAAUACCUGGCCCAAGUACAUGAGAAAACGGUCAUUCGUCGAGACUAUCAAGUCAUACAGAUGUCGUCGGUCUAUCUUGGAACCAUACGAGGAUUCAAGAAACCCAUGGUUCAUCGAUGCCGACUCUUUGGACAUAGCCAUUGCUCGAGUUCUGUUUAUGAAGGUGGAGUUCCCGCUGCGUUCAAACAAUCUUCUCGAGCCUCAGAAACCACAACACAUGGUCGUCCCAUUUGGUACAGACAGGCAUCCCGGCAAUGUUGUGCAGAUGCUCCCACGAAAACCACACUUUGGGAAGAAGCCACUACAGCUAGCACAACCAGCUCAACCAGCACAACCAGCACAGGCAGCGGACAUAAAGCAGCCAGACUCUCCCCAGCCGUCCGCCGAGACUCCUAGGCCCGCUCCGUCGAACAACAUCCGGGAAGCCAUCUUCAAAAAGCUUCAUAUGGACAGUUUGAGCCAAAAAGUCAAGACUAUCGAGGACAUGGAGUCUUCCUUUCCGAAACACAGAGCGCUGGAGCCAAAGCCCUCGAGGAUGAUGCAAAAUUUCCUGCGCUCUGUAAGAAGAACAGCUACGCCGUGGUCCGACGCUCACUAA